CUAUUAAAUUUUUUUCUACACACAGGCAUCUAUAUCUGUAAUCAUAAAAUCGCUCUCGUGGCACAUAUCGUAUCCAUUUAAUUAAACCCCGAGAGUGAUCAUGUAUUUUGGCCAAAGUUUAUUUUAUUUUCUCUGCAUUUUCACAUUUGCAAAUGCCGGUGGACGUACACUUGUUCUCCUUGAUAAUCUUGGAAUUAAGGAAACACAUUCAAUAUUUUUUAAAUGGCUCCAAGACCGUGAUUACACGUUGACAUACAAGCUAGCCGAUGAUGCUAAUCUGGUUCUUUCAAAGUAUGGAAAUUAUUCGUACGAGCAUUUAAUUAUUUUUUCACCGUCAGUUGAAGAAUUCGGGGGAGCAUUAAAUGUUGAAACGAUAACUGAAUUUAUUGACAAUGGCGGUAAUGUUUUGGUAUCUGGUUCAUCUCAAUCUGGUGAAGCUCUGAGAGAAUUAGCAAGCGAGUGUGGAUUUGAAUUAGACCAAGAAGGCGCCAGUGUUAUCGACCACUUGAAUUACGACGUGACUGACGAUGGACAUCAUACAAAAAUAGUCGCGGACCCAGAAAAUCUUAUCAAUGCUCCGGUUAUUGUUGGAAACAGACAAGUUGCUCCAUUGCUUUAUGAAGGAACUGGAUUGAUUGCUGACCGGGAGAAUCCACUAGUUCUCCGCUUACUCACAGGAUCCAGCUCGGCAUACUCGUACAAUCCUAAGCAGCAGAUAAAAGAUUAUCCCCAUGCUGUUGGAAAAAAUACUCUACUAAUUGCUGCACUUCAAGCGAGAAAUAAUGCUCGUGUUCUAUUUACUGGCUCCCUUUACUUCUUCAGUGACGAAGCUUUUACUAGUGCUAUUGAAAAGGCUCAAGAUGGUAAACGCUAUGAAAAAUCAGGUAACGAAGAAGUUGCUAAAGCAAUAACUCAAUGGGUCUUCAAAGAAAACGGUGUAAUUCGUGUAUCAUCUGUUAACCACAAUCGUAUUGGUGAACACAGUCCACCAGCAGCUUAUACCAUCAUGGAUGAUGUUAUUUACACAAUUACCGUUGAAAAAUUAGUGGGUGAGAAAUGGGUACCCUAUGAAGCCAAUGAUUUACAGCUUGAAUUUGUAAGAAUUGAUCCAUUUGUCCGUAUGACCAUGACACCAUCUGGAUACGGUCGUUAUGAAGCGAGAUUUAAGAUUCCUGAUGUCUACGGUGUCUAUCAAUUCAAAGUCGAUUACAAUAGAAUUGGUUUGACUCACUUGUACAGUACUACCCAAGUAUCAGUACGUCCACUUGAACAUACUCAGUACGAACGUUUUAUUCCAAGUGCAUACCCAUACUACGCAAGUGCAUUCUCAAUGAUGUUUGGUGUUUUCAUAUUUUCAUUUGUAUUCUUGCACUACAAAGACACUAGCAAAACUAAAGCUGAGUAAAUUUAUUAUCCACAUUUUUUUUACCUACAAUUUGAUGUACAGACUGAAUUAAAAUUACAGUAAAAAAAAAAAAAUGUGUGAUUGCAUUCCUUUUUUUUAAUUUAGUAUGAGCUUUCAUACUUUUUAAAAUCAAAUAUUUUGUAAUUGUUAGGAAUAUUUAAUGAAUAAAGAAUAAAUUUUUGUCUAA